GUGCGGUAGGCAGGGACAAUGGAGGAAAACGAAAGCCAGAAACUUGAGCUGUGCCUGGCUUGUUCGACAGACAGCAGACAGAUGAGGGAGCAGGCAAAAAACAGUUUGCAUGUAACAUCAUUAGAUGAUGCAGAAUGUCUCCGAUCUAAAGACCUCCUUACGACUCCAAAUAGUCAUACAUCUAAUUCAAAGUCUACCCGCAACAUCCCUCGAAGACAUACAGUAGGCGGCCCUCGCAGUUCCAAAGAAAUACUGGGAAUGCAAACAUCGGAAAUGGACAGAAAGAGAGAGGCUUUUCUUGAGCAUUUGAAACAGAAAUAUCCCCACCAUGCUACAGCAAUAAUGGGACACCAAGAAAGACUGAGAGAUCAGGUUUUGCAGUGCAUGUUGGUCUCCCUUCAUUCAGAACUUGACAUUCAAAGGUACUUGAUGAAAAUUGAAUCCUCUCAGAGAACAAGAAGCCCAAAGCCGUCUCAGAGCCCACAGACCACUUUGGGUGAUCAGACAGAGCAUCUCUCCGAGGCUUCUGCUGACUCUUUAGAAGCCAUGUCUGAGGGCGACUCUCCGACCCCAUUCUCCCGGGGCAGCCGCACGCGAGCAAGCCUUCCCGUGGUGAGGUCAGCCAACCAAACGAAGGAGAGAUCACUGGGUGUUUUAUAUCUUCAGUAUGGAGAUGAAACAAAGCAGCUGAGGAUGCCAAAUGAAAUCACAAGCACCGACACAAUUCGUGCCCUUUUUGUAAGUGCCUUCCCCCAGCAGCUGACAAUGAAAAUGCUGGAAUCACCUAGCGUGGCUAUUUACAUCAAGGACGAGAGCAGAAACAUAUACUAUGAAUUGUGUGAUGUGAGGAAUAUUCAAGACCGAUCUUUCCUUAAAGUUUACAAUAAAGAUCCUGCGCAUGCAUUUAAUCACGCUUCCAGAGCUGUAAAUGGAGACAUAAGGAUGCAGAGGGAAAUGGCCUACACGGGCCGAGACGGGCCGAGCGGCUGCCGGCCCGGCUCCGCCGCGCACCCCUCGCACGCGAUGCCCGGCUCACCGCCGGCCACCCCGGUGCCCCACUCCAUGCCGCCCUCGCCGUCCCGCAUCCCCUACGGGGGCGGCCGGCCCCUGGGGGUGCCGGGCAACGCCACGAUCCCCAGGGACCGGCUCUCGAGCCUGCCGGCCUCGCGGUCGAUAUCGCCCAGCCCCAGCGCCAUCCUGGAGAGGAGGGACGUGAAGCCAGAUGAGGACGUGAGCAACAAAAACCUCGCUCUGAUGCGAAACGAAGCUCUGUACGGCGACCCCUACCUCUUCCACGAGGGGAGGAUGAGCGUGGCGGUGCCCCACUCCGGACACCCCCUCGACGUCCCCGAUCACAUCGUGGCCUACCAUCGCGGCGCCGCGAGGUCGUCGAGCGCUUACUGCAACCCCUCCGUGCCGCCCGAGGUGCUGGAGCAGUCCCUCUACAGGCAAAAACCCCGCAAGUACCCGGAGAGCCACCUGCCCACCCUCGGCUCCAAGACGCCUCCUGCGUCGCCCCACCGGGCGGCUGACGUGCGACUGGUCGACGUGCACCCUCUCCACGGCGCCCACGUCCCUCCCCACGCCGUGCAGCCCGACAGGUCUUCCCCCGGCCGCCAGUCCUUCAGAAAGGAGCCCGGACCGCCCACGUUCGCCGAGGCGAAAGCGCGGAGCGCCCUGGGCCUGCCGGGCACGGCCGAGGCGGCGCCGGGUCCGGCCGACAGACAGGCUUUUGGCUACGCAAUGCCCAAGGACAAGGAGACGAGAGAGAGGAUACAAGCCAUGGAGAAACAGAUUGCCAGUUUAACUGGUCUUGUUCAGUCUGCGCUUUUUAAAGGGCCAAAUACAAGUAAUAGCAAAGAUGCUUCUAGUGAGAAGAUGAUGUUGAAAAUUAUGUCCAGCAAGAGCAGCAUUGACACUGCAGGCACUGCCCCCAUGUGUGGGGGGAAGACAGGGCUCGGGAGCGUGGACGUGGCCGCCAGCCUGCACGCCGUGGGAGCCCCGGCCAUACAGCUGAGCCUCCACAGUAUGAAACGCAAUGUGUCUGACCUGCGCCUGCAGCUGCACCAGAUGAAACAGCUACAGCUGCAGAACCAGGAGAUGCUGAGGGCAAUGGUGAAGAAAGCAGAGCUGGAAAUCAAUGGCAAAAUGAUGGAAACCGUGAAGAGGCUUGAAGAUCCUGUGCAGCGACAGCGCAACCUGGUGGAACAAGAAAGGCAGAAAUACCUCAAUGAGGAAGAAAAGAUUGUGAAGAAGUUAUGUGAGCUGGAGGGAUUUGUCGAAGACCUGAAGAAGGAUUCCACAGCCACCAACAAGACAGUUACGCUGAAAGAUGUUGAAGAUGGAGCCUUUCUUUUGCGUCAAGUGGGAGAAGCUGUUGCCACUCUCAAAGGAGAGUUCCCGACGUUGCAGAAUAAAAUGCGUGCAAUCCUUCGCAUUGAGGUUGAAGCCGUGAGGUUCCUCAAGGAAGAACCACACAAGCUAGACAGCUUGCUGAAGCGUGUGCGCAGCAUGACAGACAUCCUUACCAUGCUCAGGAGACACGUUACGGAUGGGCUGCUGAGGGGUGUGGAUCCCUCCCAAGCUGUGCAAUACUCCACUAUGGAAAAGACCACCACAGCCGAAGCUCUGAAAAACCAGGAGGAGCUCAAGCACGCCCAGGGACACACACAGCAAAAUCUCACAGCAAUUGCAGCAGAGUCCCAAGUGUCAUCAGUCAAGUCGGAAGUUGUCCCCUUCUCAAACAUGACAGUCCAUCAUGUGCAGAGCUCUCCUGUUGUCAUCCAUCAGUCCCAGCACUCAUCAGCCCUGGUUAACCACAGUCAGAGUUCUCCUUCCACAGCCAGCCACGAUGAAGGCCUGCCAGUGAGCAGCCACCCCACAGCCACCUCCCUGGAGCCAGCAGCAGGAACUCCAACUACGCAAGCCACUCCGGCACCGCACGUCUCCGUCAAUGGUGCCACCAUGCAAAGCCUUUUCAUCGAGGAAAUUCACAGUGCGAGUACCAAAAAUCGAGCUGUAUCGAUUGAGAAAGCAGAAAAGAAAUGGGAAGAGAAAAGACAGAACCUUGAUCACUAUAAUGGAAAGGAAUUUGAGAAGCUCUUGGAAGAGGCUCAGGCUAAUAUAAUGAAGUCAAUUCCUAACCUGGAGAUGCCUCCCCAGCCAGUUACCCUGACAAAAGGAGAUGCAGUGGAAAAGUUAGAAGUCUCAGAAGACAUUAAUGAUGCAGAACAGGAGAACGACAAGCUGACCAAGUCCCCACCACCUCCACCUCCACGGCGCAGUUACCUGCCAGGGUCCGGACUAACCACAGCGAGAGCGGGAGAUGUCAUCCAUGCAGUCAGGAAAGAGGCAGCCGCUGUCAAGGAAUGCAGUGAAGACACUGGGCAAAUAGUGCAAUCCAAAGCCGCUAAGGAGGAUCAGGCUUUGUCUUGGAGCACAGGGCUUGCUGCAGCACCAGCUGCAAAAGACGAAGAAGAAGAAGAAGGAGAUAAAAUAAUGGCAGAACUACAGGCUUUCCAGAAGUGCUCUUUUAUGGAUGUAAACUCAAACAGUCAUGCUGAACAGUCCAGAAACGAUACACAUGUUAAAGACAUAAGGCCUGGGACUUUAAUGCAGCACAAAGAAAAGAAGGUGUAUGGGGCUACAACAGGACCUCCCACAGAUAGUGACCAUCCUAAAGAGAAGAGGGAAGGGAAAACUGAAGAAGAAUUGGGUUCUGAUUCAUCCAGCACAGCUGACAGUAAAAUUGGCUUUUCAAUGAAUGACAGUUCUACAUUUAGCAAGGGUUUGUUUGUAGACAGUAGAGACUAUUCUAACAAAACCCUCCAGAAUAUGAGCACAAACCUGUCUGGUGUCAGUUUGCCAGAGGAUGACAGAAGAAGAGGGGCUCAAGAUAUUUUAGAAUCCCAUUUUCCAGCUGUUGAAACUGGAAAACAAAAACCAAACUACGGACUCCCACGAGAUGCUCUCCAGGGCCUGUCUCCUGGUCAGCCCCUGCAGAGCAUGGGCAAGCAUGUCCCUAUCAGCAGUGUUGCCCCUCUCAUGAGGCAAACAGAGGCCUCGGCACCUCCUGGUUUCUCACAGGAGCAAGAGCUAUCUGCAGUCAGCUGCAACCAGGUCAUGCUAAGACCUCAAGCAUCUAGAAGUAAUAGUGUGACCUACAUGGAAGAAACAGAGUCUCCAGCCAGCUCUCCAAGUGAAGACAACCCACCCACAGAAAACAUUGCCUUCAUGAUUACCAAAACAGCUGUCCAGGUCCUCUCAAGUGGGGAAGUUCAUGAUAUAGUCAGCCGGAAAGGAGGAGAUGUGCAGACAGUGAAUAUUGAUGCAAGAAAGGACAUGGCCUUGGAGAAAGGUCUCCCAGAAAACACAGACAGCGAAGAACCAGUAGUGUGUCUGGACAAAAAACCAGUAAUCAUCAUUUUUGAUGAACCAAUGGAUAUUAGGUCAGCAUAUAAACGUCUUUCUACUAUAUUUGAGGAAUGUGAUGAGGAGUUGGAGAAAAUGAUGACAGAGGAAAAGAUAGAAGAGGAGGAGGAGGAAGAAAAUGAAGCACAUGAAAUUCCUGGGAUCCAGAAGGAAGAGCCACCAGUAGUUAAUGACAGAAAAGCAAUUGCAGCUUAUUCAGCAACUCAUGGGCUCAACCAACAGUAUAUAUUUAACCUUCAAUCAUCUUCUGACUCUGCAGAAAUCGGAACUCCUGAGGAGCAAGAGAACAUAAAGACCAGUUUUAACAAAUAUAGUCAAAUUUAUGGGCUAAACACAGAAGCAAACUUGGACUCUGCUGAUCAAUUUGGAAGCAGGCAGGAUUCUAAGAAAAAAUUUAAAUUUAAAUUCCCUAAAAGGCAGCUGGCUGCUCUGACUCAGGCAAUUCGUACAGGCACCAAGACUGGGAAGAAGACCUUGCAGGUAGUGGUUUAUGAAGAGGAAGAGGAAGACGGGACCCUUAAGCAGCACAAGGAAGCGAAGAGAUUUGAAAUCACAAGGUCUCAAGCCGAGGACACUGACAAAAAUCCUCCUGGCAAGCAAGAGUCCUCUCCCAGACCUGCAGCAUCUCUUUCUAGGACUGAUGAAAUUCGACAGAACACAUACCGGACGCUAGACAGCCUUGAGCAGACUAUAAAGCAACUGGAGAACACCAUCAGUGAAAUGAGCCCAAAAUCUAUCCCCGAAAGCCCACACAACCCUGAGGGAAGCACUGCCCCAUUCUCUGCCCAGGUAGUCCCAGAGACGCCAGCUCAAGAGCUUGUAGUGCUGGAUGAGAGCCAUACUGGUGUAGCACCCCCUCCGCCAAUCCCCACCACUUCACGUAAGGGCUCGAGCUCUGCCUCGCAGACAAGCAGGAUGCCAGUGCCCAUGGCUUCAAAAGGUAGACAAGGAAGCAUGGAGAAGGCAGGCAAGCAGCACAAGCUACAGGAUCCACGCCAGUACAGACAGGCUAAUGGAAGUGCUAAGAAAGCUGGUGGGGACUAUAAGGCUACUUCCCCUACCCUACCUGCUUCUAAGAUCCCAGCCUUUUCUCCCACUUCUGGGAAAAGCAGCUCUGCACCUGCUUCUAGCGGUGACAGCUCUAACCCUCUUACUCCACCUACUAAAACCUCCAUUCCUUCCUCUAACCUUCUCGGUCCUCAAGCAGGUCGCAUAACCUACUCCACCUCCCUGAUUCCCUCUGUGGCUAACGGCUCCUCCAAGUUUCAGAGCCCCGCUUUCACAGGGAAAGGUCACCAUCUCUCCUUCUCACUACAGACGCAAAACGGCCGGCCACCCCCCCCUUCCUCUUCUACCUCCCCCCCUUCCUCUACCUCUCCCACUGCACUGAGCCAAGGUGUGAAGAGCAUCAGGACAAUCCAUACACCUAGCUUCACCAGCUACAAGGCACACAACGGAAAUGCCAGCAAGUCCACCCCCUCCACGGCCAAGGAGCCAGCCUAAAGGCUAAGCACAGCACGUGCCCAAGUUCACCAAGGCUUUUUUUUCUGUUCGUUUCCAAACAACCUGCAGUCAAUAUUUUAACCAGGGGAUGUAACCAUUUUGCUGAAUUGCUGGAGGCUUAAUACUAAUCAUGUGCUAAAUACUGGAUUAAUACAAUAGCUUAGAGUGAAGCUUUUUUGUAAAACUUUGUUGCUGUUGUAAUGAUAAAAGAGCAUUUUCUUCCUAUAGGCAGCACCUCUUACAAAAAUGUGUGAAGGUGUGUGAGUGAACUUGAGUGCGUGUGCACAGAGGUGUACGGAGCAUGGGAAAAAUGUAUGGUUAAAAAUUUAGUAAGUUGUUUUGUAUAAAGCUAUUUUUCAUUAUGGGGACUAGAAGUGAACAGAGAUAUACUAAGUGUGAUUAUACACAACUGUAAACUGAAACUAAAGUAUUUUUUUCUUUUAUUUUGGUGUUAUUUAGCUUUGUUACAGAUUUCUAUUUUUGUCAACAAAUGUCAUGGUUCCUUUCGAGAUCUUUUUGCCAAAACAUUUUGAUACUAUUAUAAUGUACAUUUGAAAGUAGUAUGCUGGACAGUAUACCUCUACACAAGAAACAGAACAAGACUGGUCUUAGUGUGUAUGAGGAGACUCAACCUAUUGCACUGCCAUUCAGAUGAUUAUAUUUAAGAAUUUGCCAAGCCAGGAAAAGAAAUAAAUUGUUUUACACAUGUAGGUAGUUGCUGAUUAUUUUUUUUUCUUAGCCAAAUCCACCCUUUUCCUUCAGUUUUAUUUUACUGAGACCUGGUGACCCAUUAAUGUAUUGUGUUGUGGAUUUUAAAAUGUACACUUCUGUACUGUUCUGUAUACUGGCAAACUUUUGUACAUAUCUAUAAAUAUAUAUAAAUAAAUAAAUACUGUAUGAUGUGGCUGGGCA